AUGCCCCUUUGUGACCUUUCUUUGGAUCCCAUUUUAUUUGCAAAAGUGGUGCGCAUAGGCAAAUCCUUUAUGAAGGAGUUUCAGUCUGAUGGAAGGAAACAAGAAGAUAAAGAGAAAAUGGAAGUUAUUCUUAGCUGUUUACUUGGCAUUACUGACCAUGUCCUACUUCCAUCUCUUUCUCUAAUGGACUGCAAUGCUUGUAUGACUGGACUAUGGGGAAUGUUGAAAACAUUUCCAUAUCAGCAUAGAUAUCGUCUGUAUGGCCAGUGGAAGGAUGAAACUUACAACAGUUCCCUACUUUUUGUAAAAGCUAAAGCUCAAACAAUAGACAAAGCUAGAGAUAUCAUGAACCAUCUAACCAAGGAAAAUGUGAAGCCUUCUGGGAGACAAAAUGGGAAAUUGAGCCACAGCAAUCCAACUAUUUUUUUUUUUUAUAUCUUGUCACUCUCGGCCAGGCAUGAUGAGUUCAUGGCACCUGUAGUAGAUUCACUGAAAUACCUCACUUCAUUGAAUUAUGAUGUCUUGGCCUAUUGCAUCAUUGAAGCUUUAGCAAAUCCAGAAAAGGAAAGGAUGAAACAUGAUGAUACAACCAUUUCAAGCUGGCUUCGGCCUCUUGUUAGUUUCUGUGGUGCAGUUUUUUCUAAAUAUCCAAUGGAUCUUGCUGGUCUUCUGCAAUGCGUGGCUAAUCAGCUAAAGGCAGGCAGAAGUAUUGGCCUGCUUAUAUUGGAGGAGGUGGUACACAAAAUGGCAGGAAUAGGAAUCACCGAAGAGACAAUGACAAUGGAGCAACUAGAGGCCAUGACUGGUGGAGAGCAACUAAAAGCUGAGGGAGGUUCUUGUGGCCAGAUCAGAAACACUAAAAAAUCCUCCCAGAGAUUAAAGGACGCACUAUCGGACUAUGAUCUUGCUCUUCCCCUUGUUUUGAUGAUAGCUCAGCAGGGGAACAGGGUGAUCUUUCAGGAAGGUAGAGAGAAACAUUUGGAACUGGUGGGAAAGCUCUAUGACCAGUGUCAUGAUACCCUGGUACAAUUCGGUGGAUUUUUAGCAUUUAAUCUAAGCACAGAAGAUUACACAAAGAGAGUACCUUCCAUUGAUGUGCUCUACAACGAAUUUCAUAUACCCCACGAUGUAGCAUUUUUAACAAACAUUAAAAAUUCAGUUCCUCAGCACACUAGCACAUUGCAAGUUCUCAGCGGCCGCAUGCAGUCCAUGGCCACCAUAUUGAGUCACAUUACUGUGUAG